CAAAGGAAGAUGUGUGAUGUGAACGAGAAUAAUUUCAUUUUUCCCCGGGGUGGCUGAGUGAUAUUUUAGUGAUUCGCCGCCGUCGCUCAGAUCUUAAAAUAUCGCCUUGGCUCGAGACGGCCAGUUGCUCGCAGUUGGGCCAGUUGCGAACAUCGCGGAUCUUGAGUUCUGCAAAAACCGGGCCGUGGAUUACGGUUUUUGCAAGCAAGUGGCAGUUAGAACCCGACACCCGUUGGAACCAUCGAACCUCCAGAAAGUGUCCCGAUACUCAGUUUGCCUCGCUCGAUCGUUAUACAGUGGUGAAUUUCGGUCGCAAUCGAUUACAUAUUAGCACGGAUUAGGAAAAAUAAAUAAAACCAACAAAAAGUGAAAGCAAGGACCACGUUGUUUGCUCGAAGCAACCAUCGCAAUGUAGAUUUCGAGUCUGAUAAAGCAAUGUGAACGAAUGUGAGCCAAUUUAGUGGAAGAAAAAAAAAACAAAAACGCGAAGCGGAAAUUUGACUACAGACAGACAGAAGAAAACGCUAGUGCCACACCUGAACACAUGAAGUAACACGAGGAGCAGUGAUUUUUUUGUAGUGGAUUUAUUUUUACUCGUUUUCAUGUUUUUGGUUCGGAGAAAAAAAUUGAAAUAAGCAAAGUGUACUCGAAACAUAAUUCCACCAGAUACAGAGGUAAACUAGGUGGAUAACAAUCAUGGCGGAAGCAGAAGGAGGGUCGGAGCAGGAUGAUGUUUCAUUCCUGCGGACGGAAGACAUGGUGUGCCUGUCGUGCACGGCAACUGGUGAGCGUGUCUGCCUGGCGGCCGAAGGCUUCGGCAAUCGGCAUUGCUUCCUCGAGAACAUCGCCGACAAGAACAUCCCGCCGGACCUAUCGCAGUGCGUGUUUGUCAUCGAGCAGGCGCUCUCGGUUCGUGCCCUGCAGGAGCUGGUCACGGCUGCUGGUUCCGAAACCGCCAAUGAGUCGGUAGGCAAGGGUACUGGUUCCGGUCACCGGACGCUGCUGUACGGCAAUGCGAUCCUGCUGCGUCACAACAACAGUGAUAUGUACCUAGCGUGCCUUUCAACCUCGUCUUCCAACGACAAACUGUCGUUCGACGUGGGUCUGCAGCAGCACAGCCAGGGUGAAGCGUGCUGGUGGACAGUACAUCCGGCGAGCAAACAGCGUUCCGAGGGUGAGAAGGUGCGCGUCGGUGACGACCUGAUUCUUGUCUCGGUCGCUACCGAGCGUUACUUGCACACCACCAAGGAGAACGAUCUGUCGGUUGUCAAUGCCAGCUUCCAUGUGACACACUGGAGCGUCCAGCCAUACGGAACCGGUAUUUCACGUAUGAAGUACGUCGGCUAUGUGUUUGGCGGUGAUGUACUUCGAUUCUUCCACGGGGGUGACGAGUGUUUAACGAUACCUAGUACAUGGAGUCAGGAACCUGGUCAGAACAUUGUGGUGUACGAGGGUGGUUCGGUCAUGUCACAGGCUCGAUCGUUGUGGCGGCUAGAGCUGGCUCGUACCAAGUGGGCCGGUGGAUUCAUCAACUGGUCCCACCCGAUGAGGAUUCGACAUCUAACCACGGGUCGCUAUCUCGGCGUGAACGAACAAAAUGAACUCAUACUGACGCCACGGGAUGCGGCUACUACCUUGCAAACGGCGUUCGUGCUACGCUCCGAGAAGGACGAUCAAAAGGUGGUUCUGGAGGACAAAGAUUUGGAGAUCAUCGGUGCGCCCAUCAUCAAGUAUGGUGAUUCCACGGUCAUCAUGCAGCACCACGAGUCCGGUCUGUGGGUGAGCUACAAGAGUUAUGAGACGAAGAAGAAGGGCGUUGGCAAGGUCGAAGAGAAGCAAGCCAUGCUACACGAGGAAGGCAAGAUGGACGAUGGGUUGGAUUUCUCCCGCUCGCAAGAGGAAGAAUCGAGAACCGCACGGGUUAUCCGCAAGUGUAGUCAUUUGUUCACCAAAUUUAUAAGUGGCCUCGAAACUCUCCAGGAGAACCGUCGUCAUUCGUUCUUCCUACAAACUGUGAACCUCGGCGAAAUGGUUAUGUGUCUGGAGGAUUUGAUCAACUAUUUUGCCCAACCGGAGGAGGACAUGGAGCACGAGGAGCGUCAGAACCGACUUCGUGCUCUACGCAAUCGUCAAGAUCUGUUCCAAGAGGAGGGUGUGUUGAAUCUGAUCCUGGAAGCCAUCGACAAGAUCAACGUCAUAUCGUCACAAGGCUUUUUGGCGUCCUUUUUGGCCAGUGAUGAAACUGGACAAAGCUGGGAGAUGAUCUCCGGAUAUCUGUACCAACUGCUGGCGGCUAUCAUCAAGGGAAACCACACUAACUGCGCUCAGUUCGCUAACUCCAAUCGUCUGAAUUGGCUCUUCUCCCGGCUUGGUUCGCAAGCUUCCAGCGAGGGUUCCGGAAUGUUGGAUGUACUACAUUGCGUCCUUAUCGAUUCGCCCGAGGCGUUGAAUAUGAUGCGAGACGAGCAUAUCAAGGUAAUCAUCUCGCUUCUGGAGAAGCACGGUCGUGAUCCGAAGGUCUUGGAUGUGUUGUGCUCGCUGUGCGUCGGUAAUGGCGUAGCCGUGCGUUCUUCGCAGAAUAAUAUCUGCGACUUUUUGCUGCCGGGGAAGAAUUUACUGCUGCAAACGAGCUUGGUCGAUCACGUAGCCAGUAUCCGUCCGAACAUCUUCGUUGGCCGUGUCGAGGGAUCUGCGAUGUACCAGAAGUGGUACUUUGAAGUCACUAUGGACCAUAUCGAACAAACGACGCACAUGACGCCGCAUUUGCGAAUUGGUUGGGCCAAUAACGCUGGGUAUGUGCCGUAUCCAGGAGGAGGUGAAAAAUGGGGCGGUAAUGGAGUUGGUGAUGAUUUGUAUUCGUACGGUUUCGAUGGGAUGUACUUCUGGUCGGCUGGCAGGAAGACACGGGUGGUUUACAAGGACGUAACGGAACCGUUCAUCAAAAAGGGAGAUGUUUUGGGUUGUACGCUGGAUCUGAGCGUCCCUGUGAUACGGUUUACGUUCAAUGGGGAGCCAGUGCACGGUUGUUUUACGGAUUUUAAUCUGGCUGGAAUGUUCUUCCCGGUAAUGAGCUGUUCGUCGAAGCUGAGUUGUCGAUUUUUGUUUGGAGGCGACCACGGUCGCAUGAAGUUCAAUCCUCCAUCAGGAUUCUCGCCAUUGGUUCAGUGCUUGAUGCCGAGUCAAAAUCUUAGCUUGGAUCCGUGUUUCUACUUUGGAAAUUUGAACAAGAAUGUGCUAGCUGGUCCGUGGUUGGUCGAAGAUGACUCCGCCUUCGUUCCGAAACCUGUGGAUACCUCGACCGUUAGCUUGCCCGCCUCUGUUGAGACCAUUAAAGACAAACUUGCGGAAAAUAUUCACGAAAUGUGGGCACUUAACAAGAUUGAGGCUGGAUGGACUUGGGGCGAGCGACGUGACGACAUGUACAGAGUUCACCCGUGUCUGACCUCGUUCGAAAAGCUUCCGGCAGCGGAGAAGAGAUACGAUUGUCAACUGGCCGUGCAGACGCUCAAGACAAUACUGUCCCUGGGUUACUACAUCUCGAUGGAUAGGCCACCGGCGAGAAUCCGUCCAAUUCGAUUGCCGAAUGACCCGUACAUGCAGGGUAACGGUUACAAGCCAGCUCCGUUGGAUCUGAGCGCUGCGGUAUUGAACCCUAAAAUGGAGGAACUCGUCGAUCUGCUGGCCGAGAAUACGCACAACCUGUGGGCCAAAGAGCGGAUUCAGCAAGGUUGGACCUAUGGGUUGAACGAAGACAGCGAGAACCGCCGUAGUCCCCAUCUAGUUCCGUACAGCAAAGUAGACGAAGCUAUCAAGAAGGCAAACCGUGACACGGCGUCGGAGACAGUCAGAACGCUGUUGAUCUACGGGUACAAUUUGGACCCACCAACUGGUGAGGCGAACGAAGCCCUUGCUGCGGAAGCGUUCAGGCAGAAGUUUGCUGCCUUCCGAACGUACCGAGCGGAGAAGACGUAUGCUGUUACGUCAGGGAAGUGGUACUUUGAGUUCGAGGUGCUGACAGCGGGACCGAUGAGGGUCGGUUGGGCACGUGCGGACUGCAACCCUGGAACUAUGCUGGGAAGCGAUGAUUCUUCGUGGGCAUUCGAUGGCUACAACGAAGAAAAAGUGUCUGGAGGUGCAACGGAAUCAUUCGGCAAACAGUGGGUACCUGGCGAUAUCGUUGGUGUUUUUCUUGACUUAGUGGAUCAUACGAUCAGCUUCUCGCUGAAUGGAGAACUUCUGAUGGACGCUCUCGGCGGUGAAACCACGUUUGCUGAUGUUAACGCCCCGGAAGGAGUGGGCUUUGUACCAGCGUGCACCAUUGGAAUUGGCCAGAAGGCUCGCCUUGUCUACGGUCAGGAUGUUGACUCGCUCAAAUGGUUCACCACUUGUGGUUUGCAAGAGGGAUACGAACCCUUCUGUGUCAACAUGAAGCGCGCUGUCACCCACUGGUACACCAAGGAUCAACCGAUAUUCGAGAACACCGAGGACAUACCCGAUUGCAAGAUCGAUGUCACCCGUAUCCCGGGUGGUGCCGACACACCACCUUGUCUGAAGAUCUCCCACAACACGUUCGAAACGAUGGAGAAGGCAAACUGGGAAUUCCUGCGUCUUUCGCUGCCCGUUACCUGCGAUGCGACCUUUAUUGAGGAAACCGAGAAGAUGCGCCGCUGGGAGGAAAUUCGCAUACGCCAACACCGGCUGCUAGCCGAGGUGGAACACCAGGCGCCAGCCCAUUUCGACCACAUUAUGCGAAGUGGUUUCACCAUGAACGACAUCAAGGGACUUCAGCGCAACUACUCCGAAGAUGCCGUUGAGUCGGAUGAGGUUGUCCGAAACGGACCACAGCGUCCGACGCGGGUCGUGCGUAGACCCGAGACGCUAAGCCCUCCGGGAAUCGAAAUUAACGGAGAGAUGCACCCGUCCGAUGGUGAGAACGCUUACUCCGAUACUGAGAUGGAAGGUGACGAUAGGAAGAAACGGGGCCGCAGUCCGUUCCGGUUGUUUGGUAAGAAACGUGACCACAGCAAAGACAAGCUGAAGGAACGUCGGACUCCGGAACCGGAGACACGUAGAGGUGUAAUGCAACCACGUGCCGUGGCACGCAGUCCAACUAUGCGUGCCUCGAAUGCGGAUCUCCGCGGACAGCAGCAGAUGGCUGUGGAUCGUAAGAACAUGGGAAGCCCAGGGGUCGAAUCAUUCGGCAAUGAAGUGUACGAUGCUGAGUGCUUGAAACUCAUCAACGAAUACUUUUACGGCGUACGCAUUUUCCCUGGUCAAGAUCCGACCCAUGUGUACGUGGGAUGGGUCACAACGCAGUACCAUGUACAUAGCAAAGACUUCAACCAGGACAAGGUGCGACAUGCGUCGAUCUUUGUCGAGGACGAUACUGGAAAGACUGCGGAAGUUAUCAACCGCCAGUCGUGCUAUAUGGUGCGCGCCGAUGAGCUGUUCAAUGAGGUCACCCAGGAUGCAUCCGGAAAGGGUGCUUCGCAGGGUAUGUUCGUAGGAUGUUUCGUGGAUACCGCAACCGGAACGAUUCGCUUUACAUGUGAGGGUAAGGAAACUUCGCACGUCUUCCUGAUGGAAACGGAGACUAAACUAUUCCCGGCAAUUUUCGUCGAGGCAACCAGCAAGGAAAUCCUGCAGAUUGAACUCGGCCGUACACCGACUACUCUUCCACUGUCGGCCGCCGUUCUUCCAACAAGCGACAAACAUAUCAAUCCGCAAUUCCCUCCGAGGUUGAGGAUCCAAUGCCUGAAACCUCAUCAAUGGGCUCGUGUGCCCAACACUUCCCUCCAAGUACACGCCCUCAAGUUGUCCGAUAUUCGUGGAUGGUCCAUGCUGUGUGAAGAUCCAGUAUCUAUGCUAGCUCUACAUAUCCCCGAAGAAGAUCGCUGCAUGGACGUUCUCGAGCUGAUCGAAAUGGAUCGAUUGUUAUCGUUCCACGCUCACACGCUGACACUGUAUUCAGCGCUUUGUUACCAAUCGAACUACAGAGCCGCUCACGCACUCUGCUCACAUGUCGACCAGAAGCAGCUGCUGUACGCCAUCCAGUCGGAAUAUAUGAGUGGACCGCUGCGUCUAGGAUUCAACGAUCUUUUGAUUGCCCUCCACCUUGAAUCCCACGCGACAACGAUGGAGGUGUGCAAAAACGAAUACAUCAUCCCGCUGGGUCCUGAACUGAAGGAUCUCUACACGGAUGCCGAAAUGUGCCACUCACUCCGGUCCCUCCAGACGCUUUCCGUAAGACCUCAAAUGAACAUGACCGAGAUUGCCUCACCCACACCCCCACCACAAUCGAAUAUGUCAACAUUAGUAGCACCAGAUUCUUCCAGUGAACCAAUACCGGCAAUUGAUUCGCUUUAUUCGCCAAGAUUCCCACUAGAAGUGGUGCGACAGUUUGUGAUGGCCGCCAUCCAAGAGGCGGUCGAGAUCAAUCAGGUACACAACCGCGAUCCGAUUGGUGGAUCCAAUGAAAAUCUGUUCCUUCCCCUGAUUAAGCUCACCGACCGUCUUCUACUGGUCGGAGUUAUUACCAACGAAGACGUCGAGAAAUUGCUGAUCAUGAUCGAUCCGGAAACGUGGGAUCCGAACUUCCAGAAGGAAGGUAAGGAUGAACAUCGCAAGGGUUUGUUGACCAUGAAAAUGGCUGAAGGAGCAAAGCUCCAGAUGUGCUACCUGCUGCACCAUUUGUACGACGUUCAGCUGAGACACAGAGUGGAGAGUAUCGUAGCCUUCGCGCACGACUACGUUUGCGAUCUGCAGCAGGAUCAGCUGCGAAGAUACAUCGAGAUCAAGCAUUCGGAUCUGCCGAGUGCGGUCGCCGCCAAGAAGACCCGCGAGUUCCGCUGUCCACCGCGUGAGCAAAUGAACGCCAUUCUGUGCUUCAAAAAUUUGGAAGGAGAAGAGCUGGAAAACUGCUCUUGCGGAGGCGAGCUGCGCGAUCAGCUGAUAGAGUUUCACGACAAACUGAUGGGCAAGGUAUCGCUGAACGCACUCCAAGAACCGGAAGAGGAAUCCGGCGAAGCGAUCGAGGAUACCAAACCGGGAGCGCUGAAAAAACUUUACAACUUCAUCAACGCCGUGAAGGAGCUUGAGGAAGACCCCAAAGAGCCAGAGGAGGUUGAGAAGAAAACUCCGGAGGAAGUGUUCCGAAAGGUACUGAUCAAGCAGAUCGUCUCCUGGGCGGAGGAAACACAAAUUGAGAAUCCCAAACUGGUGCGGGAAAUGUUCGGCUUGCUGGUUAGACAGUACGAUACGAUUGGAGAGCUGAUCAAAGCUUUGAACAAAACAUACGUGAUCAAUUCGAAGACGACGGCGGACGUAGCGAACAUGUGGAUCGGUCUGAGUCAGAUACGCGCACUGUUACCGGUGCAGAUGAGCCAGGAGGAAGAGGAGCUGAUGCGUAAGCGUCUGUGGAAGCUAGUCAACAAUCAUACCUUCUUCCAGCAUCCAGACUUGAUUCGUAUAUUGAGAGUUCACGAAAACGUUAUGGCAGUGAUGAUGAACACUCUUGGUCGACGUGCCCAAGCUCAGAGCGAUGCACCAGUUCAAUCGGCCGAGGGUGAAGAGGCCCAGCCAAAGGAGAAGGAUACGUCCCAUCAAAUGGUUGUUGCCUGCUGUCGGUUCUUGUGCUACUUCUGUCGUACGGGUCGUCAGAACCAGCGUGCAAUGUUCGAUCACUUCGAUUUCCUGUUGGAGAACUCUAACAUUUUGUUGUCUCGCCCAAGUCUACGUGGUUCCACUCCACUCGACGUGGCCUAUUCCAGCUUGAUGGAAAACACGGAACUGGCGUUGGCUCUUCGUGAACAUUACCUGGAGAAGAUCGCCAUUUACCUGUCGCGUUGCGGUUUACAGAGCAAUUCCGAGCUGAUCGAACGGGGCUAUCCAGAUAUUGGCUGGGAUCCAGUGGAAGGUGAACGUUAUCUGGACUUCCUCCGGUUCUGUGUUUGGGUCAACGGUGAAAGCGUUGAAGAGAACGCCAAUCUGGUCAUUCGUCUGUUGAUUCGUCGUCCGGAGUGUUUGGGCCCGGCGCUUCGCGGCGAAGGUGAAGGUCUGCUGAAGGCCAUCAUCGACGCCAACAAGAUGUCCGAGAGAAUUGCCGAGCGUAGAAAGAUGCAGGAUGAAGCGGAAGGUACGAUCAGUGGAUUGAACUUCUCGCAUCCUCUUCCGGAGGGAGACGAUGAUGAGGAUUACAUCGAUACCGGAGCUGCCAUCCUUAGCUUCUACUGUACGCUGGUGGAUCUGUUGGGCCGUUGCGCACCGGAUGCUGCCGUAAUCGAGCAGGGUAAAAACGAAUCGCUGAGAGCGCGAGCAAUUUUGCGCUCGUUGGUUCCACUGGAGGAUUUGCAGGGUGUGCUUAGUUUGAAGUUCACCCUCACGAAUCCAGCGGUGGGUGAGGCAAGACCAAAGUCCGAUAUGCCAUCCGGGUUGGUUCCUGGACAUAAGCAGAGCGUUGUUUUGUUCCUGGAGCGUGUUUACGGAAUUGAAACACAGGAGUUGUUCUACCGUCUGCUGGAGGACUCCUUCCUACCGGAUCUAAGAACCGCCACAAUGCUAGAUCGUAGUGAUGGUUCCGAGAGUGAUAUGGCACUAUCGAUGAAUCGCUACAUCGGCAACUCCAUUCUUCCGCUACUCAUCAAGCACAGUAAAUUCUACAAUGAAGCAGAAAACUACGCUAGCUUGCUGGACGCCACUCUCCAUACCGUUUACCGGAUGUCGAAGAAUCGUAUGCUGACCAAGGGUCAGCGUGAAGCGGUUUCUGAUUUCCUCGUCGCACUGACAUCUGCUAUGCAUCCUGCCAUGUUGUUGAAGCUGCUCCGAAAGCUUACCGUUGACGUUUCCAAACUAUCCGAAUACACCACCGUAGCAUUGCGACUUUUGACUCUACAUUACGAUCGUUGCGCCAAGUACUACGGAACGACUGGCAGUGGCCAAGCCUCGCAGUUUGGUGCCUCCUCGGAUGAAGAGAAGCGGCUCACCAUGUUGCUGUUCUCCAACAUCUUCGAUUCGCUCAGCAACAUGGACUACGAUCCGGAGUUGUUUGGAAAGGCACUGCCUUGUUUGAUUGCUAUCGGGUGCGCCCUGCCUCCGGAUUACAGUUUGUCGAAGAAUUCGGACGAUGAUCUGUACGGCAAACCAACCAGCAGCCCCGAUCAACCCCACUACAAUCCACAGCCUAUCGAUACGAACACGGUUCAGCUAACCAACGAUUUGAACCAAAUCAUCCAGAAGUUCAGCGAGCACUACCACGAUGCGUGGGCUAGCAAAAAGUUGGAAAACGGUUGGUCGUAUGGAGAUCAAUGGUCGGAUACCCACAAGACCCAUCCACGCUUGAAGCCGUACAACAUGCUCAGCGACUAUGAAAAGGAACGCUACAAAGACCCAGUGCGGGAAAGCUUAAAGGCUCUUCUUGCUCUCAACUGGCGCGUUGAACACUCCGAAGGUGAUGUUCCUCUGUCCAAUCGUGGUUCGAUGCGUAGACAGUCCAAACCCAAUCUUGAAUUGCAGGGAGAUACAGGCUCAGCGUUCAACUACAACCCACAUCCGGUGGACAUGACCAAUUUGACGCUGAGCAGAGAAAUGCAGAACAUGGCCGAACGCUUGGCAGAGAACUCGCACGACAUCUGGGCGAAAAAGAAGUUCGAGGAGCUGCAGCAUUACGGUGGUACCGUCCAUGCCCAGCUCGUCCCGUACGAUCUGUUGACCGAUAAAGAGAAACGCAAGGACCGCGAGCGUUCGCAGGAGUUCUUGAAGUACCUGCAGUAUCAGGGAUUGAAGCUACACAAGCCAUCUCGCGGAAUGACAGAAGAACCAGGGGUGACUGCUGCCGCCAUCGAAGCGCGCUUUGCAUACUCCCUGCUGGAGAAGCUGAUCUCGUAUAUUGACCGCGCGACCAUCAACAUGAAGCUGCUGAGACCAUCGUCAACUUUCAGCCGUCGAUCCUCGUUCAAGACCUGCUCCCGAGACAUCAAGUUCUUCUCCAAGGUGGUUCUACCGCUGAUCGAAAAAUACUUCUCCACCACUCGUAAUUACUCCAUCGCGAUUGCAACGGCCACCAACAACGUAGGAGCUGCCUCGCUGAAGGAGAAGGAGAUGGUUGCAUCGUUGUUCUGUAAGCUGGCGAGUUUGCUGAGAUAUCGUAUGGCGGCCUUUGGAGCGGAUGUCCGAAUCACAGUGCGCUGUCUGCAGACGCUUGUGAAAAGUAUCGACGCGAAGUCACUGGUGAAAAACUGCCCUGAGUUCAUCCGUACGUCAAUGUUGACCUUCUUCAACAAUACGGCCGAUGAUUUGGGACAGACCAUAGUAAACCUGCAGGAGGGCAAGUAUGAUCGACUGCGCGGUACUCACCUGAAGACGUCCACCUCGCUUGCGUACGUUAACCAAGUCAUCCAACCAGUACUGACAUCGCUGUUUGACCACCUUGCUGCGUGUGAUUACGGCAGCGACUUGCUUCUGGACGAGAUCCAAGUUGCUUCGUACAAGAUCCUCGCAUCUCUGUACACGCUCGGAACUGACGCCACACUAACCCGCGAUCGCAAAUAUUUGAAGACCGAAAUUGAACGUCACAAGCCCGCACUGGGAUCGUGUUUGGGAGCGUUCAGCUCCUGCUUCCCGGUUGCCUUCCUGGAACCAUUCUCCAACAAGCACAAUCAAUUCUCGCUACUCAAUCGUAUAGCGGACACCUCACUGGAGGCCCAGGACAUCAUGACCAGGAUGGAGAGUUCGAUGCCAACCCUGGAGACGAUCCUCGCCGAGGUUGAUCACUUCGUCGAAUCGGAGAAGACCUACCAGGAGGCUCCGCAUAUCAUCGAUGUGAUUCUUCCCCUGCUCUGCUCGUAUUUACCGUUCUGGUGGAGCCAGGGUCCAGACAAUGUGAGUCCACAGUCUGGAAACCACGUCACCAUGGUCACGGCGGAUCAUAUGAACCUCCUUCUGAAAAAUGUCCUGAAGAUGAUCAAGAAGAACAUAGCCAACGAGAACGCCCCAUGGAUGACUCGUAUCGCCAGCUACACCCAGCAGAUCAUCAUCAACAGCUCCGAAGAGCUGCUGAAGGAUGUAUUCCUGCCGUUGGCUGAGCGCGUGAAGAAGCGGGUCGACAGUAUGUUCCACAAAGAGGAAAGCUUGAGAGGCUUCCUCAAGUCUUCCACCGACGAUACCUCCCAAAUCGAGGCACAGAUUCAAGAAGAUUGGCAGCUAUUGGUGCGUGAUAUUUAUUCCUUCUAUCCGCUGCUCAUCAAGUACGUGGACCUGCAAAGGAACCACUGGCUGAAGGAUAACAUCCACGACGCGGAGGAACUGUACAACUACGUGGCGGAAAUUUUCAACGUUUGGUCCAAGAGUCAGUACUUCCUGAAGGAGGAACAGAACUUCAUCUCCGCGAACGAGAUCGAUAACAUGGCGUUGAUUAUGCCGACGGCAACCAGACGCACGGCUGCGGUGUCGGGUGAUGCGCCAGCCGCCGGAGGCAAGGUGAAGAAGAAGAAACGCUCACGGGACAAAAAGCGCGACAAGGACAAGGAAAUCCAGUCCAGUUUGAUGGUGGCUUGCCUCAAGCGUUUGCUGCCGGUUGGUUUGAACUUGUUCGCCGGCAAAGAGCAAGAGUUGGUGCAGCACUGUAAGGAUCGCUAUUUAAAGAAAAUGCCCGAAUACGAAGUGGUGGAAUUCGCCCGAACGCAGCUAACGCUGCCGGAUAAAUUGGAUCCCGCGGAUGAAAUGUCCUGGCAACACUAUCUCUACUCCAAACUGGGCAAGAAGGAAGAGAACCUCGUGCAAGAUGCGCUUGAGAAGCCCGACAAAAAGCCUGGCAACAAGAUCGAGGACACCGUCGAUCGCAUAGUCGCUAUGGCUAAAGUUCUUUACGGACUACAUAUGAUCGACCAUCCACAACAGCAAAGUAAAAAUGUUUAUAGAAGUUGUGUCUCGAUACAGAGAAAACGAGCGGUUAUUGCUUGUUUCAGACAUGUCUCCUUACAUUCACUGCCAAGACACCGAGCGUGUAACAUCUUCGCAAGGACAUACUCCGAACUGUGGCUGGAGGACGAGAACGUUGGACAGGAGGUUAUGAUUGAAGAUCUUACUCAAACAUUCGAGGAUGCCGAGAAAAAGAAGAAGGAAGAGGAAGAGGAGGAGGGUAAACCCGAUCCUCUGACUCAGCUGGUGACGACCUUCUGCCGUGGUGCGAUGACCGAAAGGAGUGGGGCUCUCCAGGAGGAUCCACUGUACAUGUCUUACGCGAGCAUUGUCGCUCGUUCUUGUGGUGAAGAGGAGGAGGAAGGUGGUGAUGAAGAGGAAGGCGGUGGAGAAGACGAGGGAGGUGCCAGUAUCCAUACCAUGCAGAAACUCAUGGAACAAGAAAUGGAGAAACAAAAGUUGCUCUUCCAUCAAGCUCGUCUAGCAAACCGUGGUGUUGCGGAAAUGGUGCUGCUGCAUAUUUCCGCCUCCAAAGGCAUCCCAUCGGACAUGGUGAUGCGUACGCUAGAGCUUGGUAUCGCUAUCCUGCGUGGAGGCAAUAUCGACAUUCAGAUGGGCAUGUUGAACCACCUGAAGGAGAAGAAGGAUGUUGGCUUUUUCACCUCGAUCGCCGGUCUGAUGAAUUCGUGCAGCGUGCUCGAUCUGGACGCAUUCGAGCGUAACACCAAAGCCGAAGGGCUGGGAGUUGGUUCCGAGGGUGCAGCCGGUGAGAAGAACAUGCACGAUGCCGAGUUUACCUGCGCUCUGUUCCGUUUCAUUCAGCUGACUUGCGAGGGUCACAAUCUAGAUUGGCAGAAUUAUUUGAGAACCCAAGCCGGUAACACCACUACAGUUAACGUAGUUAUCUGCACCGUCGAUUACCUGCUGAGACUACAGGAAUCCAUCAUGGACUUCUAUUGGCACUACUCGAGCAAGGAGUUGAUCGAUCCGGCAGGUAAGGCCAACUUCUUCAAAGCCAUCGGUGUCGCUAGCCAGGUUUUCAACACCCUCACUGAAGUCAUCCAGGGUCCCUGUACCCAGAAUCAACAGGCAUUGGCUCACUCCCGUCUGUGGGAUGCCGUUGGUGGUUUCCUUUUCCUGUUUUCGCACAUGCAGGACAAACUUUCCAAGCACUCCAGCCAGGUUGAUUUGCUGAAAGAACUUCUCAAUCUGCAAAAGGACAUGAUCACCAUGAUGCUAUCCAUGCUUGAAGGUAACGUCGUCAAUGGCACGAUUGGUAAGCAGAUGGUUGACACCCUGGUCGAAUCGGCUUCCAACGUGGAGCUUAUUCUCAAGUACUUCGACAUGUUCCUUAAACUGAAGGACCUAACUUCAACGCCAAGCUUCACCGAAAUCGACGCGAACGGUGACGGUUGGAUUAUGCCGAAAGACUUCCGCGAGAAGAUGGAGCAACAGAAGAGCUACACUCCCGAGGAAAUCGAUUUCUUGUUAGCCUGUUGCGAGACGAACCAUGAUGGUAAGAUCGACUACAUUGGCUUUGUCGAUCGAUUCCACGAACCGGCCAAAGAGAUUGGCUUCAAUUUGGCAGUACUGUUGACCAACCUUUCGGAGCACAUGCCCAACGAACCUCGUCUCGCACGCUUCCUGGAAACCGCUGGCUCCGUUUUGAACUAUUUUGAGUCCUUCUUGGGUCGUAUCGAAAUCAUGGGUUCCUCCAAGCGUAUCGAGCGAGUGUACUUCGAAAUCAAGGAAGCGAACAUAGAGCAGUGGGAGAAACCACAGAUUAAGGAGUCGAAACGUGCCUUCUUCUACUCGAUCGUCACGGAAGGUGGCGAUAAGGAGAAGUUGGAGGCCUUCGUAAACUUCUGUGAGGAUGCCAUCUUUGAAAUGACACACGCUUCCGGACUGAUGGCUAGCGAAGACGACGGAGGAAACGUACGGCGUGAAGCGGCGUUCACAUACAUCAGCGAAGAGGAGGAAGAGCGUGCGGCACGGGAUCCAAUCAAGCGAACCAUACAGGCAGUAAAGGAUGGAUUGUCCUACUCGAUGUACAUGAUCUCACCCUCGAACAUCAAACACCAGAUCGCCGUGAUGCAGUCGAAAUCAUUCCCGGAAAUCAUCCUCGGCUUUUUUAAGAUGAUUUUCUACGCAUUCUAUUAUUCGGGCUUCGGGGUGUCGAUCAUUAUCAAGUAUUUGGUGAACAUUCUAAUGUCGCUGAUGCGUGGACCGGCGCAGGAAGAGGAAGAAGUGAUUCCAGAGGCGGAGCCUUCGCUACGUGCGCUGCCGCCGUUGCCACAGGAGGAACCUCCGGGAACGGUGCAAGCCUUCGGAUUGGACAUCAGCAAGGAGGAAAAUGGACAGUAUCGCGUGCAGCCACACGAAUCUCCCGCAUUGAGCCCGUCGUCAUCGCAGGAAGAAACCGGUGAGAGCAGUCCGGAGGACGGCGCUGGAGAACCAUCAGCCGAGGCUGCCAAUGCGGAACCUCCGAUGACUUUGGUUGACCUUCUCGGAGGUGAAGCUGCUAAGCGUGCCGCACAGGAACGAUCGGAAGCUCAGAAGGCUCAGGAAGCAACGCUGGCUAGCAUAGAGGCCGAGUCGAAGAAGGCGUCCGUGGAAACGAAGGAGCCCGCCGCCGUCACGCAGAUUGAUUUCUCCAAGUACACAAAGAAGGCUGUCAGCUAUUUGGCCAGAAACUUCUACAACUUGAAGUACGUGGCGUUGGUGCUGGCGUUCUGUAUCAACUUUAUGCUGUUGUUCUACAAGGUAACGACCUUUGACGAUGAAGCGGAAGCGGGAGAAGGAUCUGGUGAGGAUUUAAUGGGAUUGGCAUCGGGACUUGGCUCAGGAUUAAUGGAUGCGGCUUUGGAUGCGGCAAGCGGCGAUGGUGGUAGUGGAGACGGUGGUAAUGAAGAAGCCGAAGGCGAGGAUCCGCUGGAGAAGGUAGAAGUAGACGAAGAUUUCUACUAUAUGGAACAUGUGAUGCGAGUUGCCGCCUUAUUGCACAGUUUGGUUUCCCUUGCCAUGUUGAUCGCGUACUAUCACCUCAAGGUACCGCUGGCUAUCUUCAAGCGAGAAAAGGAAAUUGCCCGACGGUUGGAGUUCGACGGAUUGUUCAUCGCUGAGCAGCCUGAAGACGACGACAUCAAAUCGCACUGGGAUAAGCUGGUAAUCUCUGCCAAGACGUUCCCCGUCAACUAUUGGGAUAAAUUUGUUAAGAAGAAGGUUCGCCAAAAGUACAGCGAAACGUACGACUUUGACUCAAUCUCGAAUUUGUUGGGAAUGGAGAAAAAUGCGUUCGCUGCACAGGAAGGUACCGAGGGUGGCGGGUUCUUCCACUUUAUUGCGAACAUCGAUUGGAGAUAUCAAAUUUGGAAGGCUGGUGUCACGAUCACCGAUAAUGCGUUCUUGUAUUCACUGUGGUACUUCAUCUUCUCCGUCAUGGGCAACUUCAAUAACUUCUUCUUCGCUGCGCACUUGCUUGAUGUUGCGGUCGGUUUCAAGACACUGCGUACGAUCUUGCAGUCCGUUACACACAACGGCAAACAGUUGGUGUUGACCGUGAUGCUGCUCACAAUUAUUGUGUACAUCUACACCGUUAUCGCGUUCAACUUCUUCCGCAAGUUCUACAUCCAGGAGGACGACGACGGCGAAGAGGGUGAUCGCAAGUGUCACGAUAUGGGUACCUGCUUCGUCUUCCAUCUGUACAAGGGUGUCCGAGCGGGUGGAGGUAUUGGUGAUGAAAUCGGUGAUCCGGACGGAGAUGACUACGAGGUGUACCGUAUCCUGUUCGAUAUAUCGUUCUUUUUCUUCGUCAUCGUUAUCCUGCUUGCCAUCAUCCAAGGUUUGAUCAUUGACGCUUUCGGUGAGCUUCGUGAUCAGCUGGAGUCAGUCAAGGAGGACAUGGAGUCCAAUUGCUUCAUUUGUGGCAUAGGCAAAGACUACUUCGACAAGGUGCCUCACGGGUUCGACACGCACGUCGCUCAGGAGCACAAUCUGGCGAACUACAUGUUCUUCCUAAUGCAUUUAAUCAACAAACCGGACACGGAAUACACCGGUCAGGAAACGUACGUGUGGAACAUGUACCAACAGCGAUGCUGGGACUUCUUCCCGGUCGGUGAUUGCUUUAGGAAGCAGUACGAGGAUGAACUGAGCGGAGGCGGAAGUUAAUUUUUGACACGAAACCAGAACGAACUUUCGUUCUACAUUUGAACCAAAGAUCAUACAUAAACAAACGAACAGAAACAUCAACAACAACCAAACAAAUCAAACAAUCAGCAAAAAAUUAAGAGAAAUUUUAAAGACAUUUUCAAAGUCCUUUUUAGUAUAUUGAUAAAAAAAAUAUUCCAAUAGAUUCCUACCCUUGAAUAAAAGAAAGCUACAAUCAAUGUUAAAGCAAACAAAAAAAAAUAAAAAAUUGAGACAUUUAAGAAUCGUCAAUUCUGUGAACGUUAUCAAACCAGAUGUGAACUUAUUUAGGGAAAUUGUGUAUCAAAUUUGUAAACCCUAACACAGUACUACCUUUAUCGAGACGUCACUCGACGUCAUACGUGAAUCAAUCGAGCAAUGUGAUGGACAAUUUGCAACAAACCUACAAACCGAAACUGGGACUGGAAUUGCGACGGAUGUUGUGUGCGAAACGACCAACUAGACAAAUAUUGCCCGACGGCACUGUUUGCGAACUUUUGCGAACGAUGAUCGAACUACCGGUCAAACUAACUUUUGUUUGUUUUUUUUUUCUUCAGUUUGUUACCUACGAUUGAUGUGUAUGUUCUGUUAUUUAGGUUUUGCUCUCUUGAUGAAACAUUUGAACGUGCGGUUGUACCGCAAAAAAAAACUUUGGAACAAAAAUUGGAAAUCGAACGCAAGGAAGGAACAUUCGUUCAUAACAAAGAAAAAAAACUGUAGUUAUCUUACACUUUUUACCUAGUUGAAGAGAUUUUAUUAUUAUAAUAAAAACAGAUCGAUUACUUAUGAGUAUA